UUCCAAUAACCAGUGUGUGCCUUUUAUGAUUCAGCCAAUUCGUCUCCAAAUUUUUUCAAGUUUACUUGAUUUUUUUUCGAGCGUCAAGCAGAAAGAAGCUUCCUUUUCGCCUUAUAUUAAUCAUCUUUAUAGAAUUUGCUCGAAUUUUUGGAACAUUUUCCAUUAUCACCUCAUAAUGAUCAUAUUGAUUGUAUAGACAGAAAAAACGAAUUCAAUUAAUCAACAAAAAUAAUAUUAAUAGCGAGGAAGAAAAAAACGCUCAUUUAAUUACCCGAAAUUUUUUUUAUUAUGAUGAGUUUUCAUAAACGUAAAAAGAAACAACAACUGAACACAUCGAUUAUUGGAUCAGAUGACAUAAUUACGAAUAUAACAGGCAGCAGUUGUAACAAUAACAAUAAUAACAACAAAACAAAAACGAUCUCGUUACCAAUAGCAUCGGAAUUUGUUGUCAUUGAUACAUCAUUAUCCGGCAUUUAUAAUCAUUCCAAUGUUAAUCAGGAUAUUAAUAACAAAUUGAAUGGUGAUGAUAAACAAACGGCAACUAAUUCAUCAACACCUCCUUCAUCGCAGCCACUAACAUUCACUGAUAGUGAAAUGAUUCUCAUUAAUAAAAUAUCCAUUUGUGAUAAUAUUGUCAAAGAUGUUGAUAAUAAACGAAUCGAACCAAAAAAAGAAUCUACCAAUAUGAUUGGUAAUAAUCAAAAGGAUUCCAUGUUGACCAGUGUUCCUGAUGAUCAUCUUAAUUCAAUGACAACUGCAAACACGCCAUCAACUAAUGCUAAAUUAUCUUCAGCCAAACGAAAACUCUUAAUACUAACCCGUUUGUUUAGGCCUUGGCGAUGGAAAAGAAAACCUAAUAAAGCUGCUUCUGUAGCAACCAAUGAAGAGACAAACAAAUCGAUCGGAGAAAUUCGUGCCGAUUGUCAAAGCAAUCAAUCGAGUCAAAUGAUGUUGAUACCAUUAACUUCAAUGAGCUAUUUGAAAGGUGCCGUUGCAACACCAUUAGCUGCUUUAGCAAAAAAUCCAGAGCAUAAUCAACAGCUAAUGUCGAUUAUUAAUCGACGGCAACAACAACAAGCCAUUGCCAAUGAAAAAUCAUCCGAUUCAACAGAUUCCUCAAAGAUAUACAACAGCAACAACAACAGUCCAAAUAAUAAUAAAUUUCAAACUCUCGAAUCGACACAACCAAAUAGUAAUGUAAACAAUUCAAAAACAAAUGAAAUGAUUAAAAUUGAUGGAUUCAAAAUAGAAAAAGUAAUUACUUCGACGUUGCCAACAAAAUCAACUAUAAUGAUACCGACAUCGUCUACAACUAUUUGCAUACCUGCAACAUCUUCAUCAUCAUCGAUCAAAUGCAAUAUGAUCGAAUCAUCGGCUGCCAAUCAUCAAAAAUCUAAGAACUAUCUUAUUCAUUGCAAUUCGAGCAGCAAUAACAAUUGUCAUAAUAGUCAUAAUAAUCAGAUUCAUCCAAUCGAAUCAAUAUCUCCGGUGACCAUAUCAAGUAUUCAUUUUGAGGAUGAUGUAGGCCCGAUACCUCCACCCCGAAUGUUUAGUGAUUCAAUCGUAUCAGCAUUACAUACAGCCGAAUCAAUGUCGAAUGGUCCCGAAUGUGAAACAAAAGCAAUUGAAAAUGGUGUUAAUAAUAAGACUAUCGGUGAUGUCAACUUUGAUCAAGAUACAUUCAAUAUUCAACAGAAUCAGAUGGAUUUUAUUCAUAACAACUAUAGCGACGGUUUGAUUGAAUCUUUUUUAAAUUAUAUAAUGAAUAUGGAUUCACUCGAUGAUGGUACGGGCGAUCAGUGUAAACAGAAUCCAGCUGAUGAUGAUAAAGAUGAAUUUGACUUUGAUGAAUGGAAUUCUCCAUUAGUCGAAGAAGUUCCGGUUAAACAGCCACAAUUUACGGCCAUUCCAAAGAAAAGUGCUCUAAAAAAACCAAAAGAUUUUGCCGCCGCAAAUGGCCAAACUGCCAAUAAUAAUAAUAAUGAUAACAAUGUAAAUGCAAGCAAACCUAUAGUCAAUACAACAAAAACAAUAACGGCAACGACACCCACUGAAACUACGAAUAAAAAUAAUCACAAGAGCUCUACUUUUACUACAAACAUACCAAAUGGCUCCGUAUUGUCUAAGAUUCGUCAAUUCGACUUGAACGCCAAUUCAUUCAAUGAAGCAGCUAAAUUGCAUGUAGCCAAAAUACAAAUAAUGCCCUCAAUAACGUUGACGAAUUCUGAAAUGAAAUCAGUUAAUAUAAGUACGGCCAAUGUUAAUGGCGAUGAUUCUGUUUCAUCGGACGUCAAUUUAAAAGACUAUUAUGGGGAUGAUGAAAAAGGCAAAAUUGCGGCCAAACUAGCCCGUAAAGAAUCACUUCAAUUGAAAUUGUCACAACGUCCUGAUAAGCAGGAACUUAUUGAUAAGAAUAUUAUACAAACAAUGAGUGAUAAUGAAAAACAAGAUUCACGUGAAGCAAUCGGAACCAAAUUGAAUCGACGAUUAAGUUUAAGGCCAACCCCUGAAGAAUUGGAGCAACGUAAUAUACUCAAACAACAAUCACCGGAUGAAAUCUGGAAAGAAAAAGAAAAUAAGAAACAGACACUAAUAAGAAAGUUGAGUUUUCGACCAACAAUCGAUGAAUUGAAAGAACGUAAAAUUAUUAGAUUUAAUGAUUAUGUGGAAGUUACACAAGCAAACGAUUAUGAUCGUCGUGCCGAUAAACCUUGGACCAGAUUGACUCCCAAAGAUAAGGCUGCUAUUCGUAAAGAACUGAAUGAAUUUAAAAGCUCUGAAAUGGAAGUUCACGAAGAUAGUCGUCACAUGACCAGGUUUCAUCGAUCAUGAUUUGUUCAUUUGGAACAAUUAAAAUUGAUUUU